UUCCAUUAAAUUAAAUGCCAAAGACGGAUCUUCAAUUGAAGAUUCUCACUUUGAAUUCGAGAUUAAACCCGACCCGGAUCCGAAUCUGAAUCCAACGCCAGCUCUCAACCCACUUCGGUGCUUCAAUUGCCGUCAACAAUUUCUGUUGUUUACCGGAGAAACAUCUCAAAAUCAUUCGAAAAAUUCGAACUUUUUAUUUCGCUCGAUAUACGAUUCGAUUUUGUAUGAUUUUGAUCCCGGAACUGGAUCAGAUUUCAUCAGAGAGUUUCUGGAAUUCGCUUUAAUCGAGAAGCAAUUAUGAAUCUCGAGAGUGAAGGAUGAUCCAGAGAAGAAGACUGGAACUUUCAAAGGAUUGAUUUUUAACAAUCAUGUGGCUUUCCUUCUUAAGACCCAGAGAUCGAUUCUCCUUAGCCGAACUCAGGUAUUUGACUGACCAGCUGAGAAAGAUUCAGAUAGUGAACGAGGCUAAUAAGGAUCUCGUUGUCGAGGCACUGAGAUCGAUUGCGGAGAUAUUAACUUAUGGUGAUCAGCAUGACCCCUUAUUCUUUGAAUUUUUUAUGGAGAAACAAGUAAUGGGAGAGUUUGUACGUAUUUUGAGGGUUAGCAAGACGGUAACAGUUUCCGUACAGUUGUUGCAAACCAUGAGUAUUAUGAUCCAAAACCUAAAAAGUGAACAAGCCAUAUAUUACUUGUUCAGUAACGAAUAUGUAAACUAUUUGAUAACAUAUACAUUUGACUUCCAACACGAAGAGCUUCUAUCUUACUACAUAUCCUUCUUAAGAGCGGUUAGUGGGAAGCUAAACAAGCAUACAAUAUCGUUGCUUUUGAAGACCGAGAACGAUGUAGUAGUUUCUUUCCCCCUUUAUGUCGAAGGCAUACAAUUUGCAUUUCAUGAAGAGAACAUGAUACGCACUGCAGUUCGUGCCCUGACUCUUAAUGUAUAUCACGUUGGUGAUGAAUCUGUGAAUGAUUAUGUAGUUAGUCCACCGCACACCGAGUACUUUUCAAAAUUAAUUUCAUUUUUCCAAAAGCAAUGCAUGGAUCUAAGUGCAAUGGUGUUGAACACUCUAAAGAGCCCAUCUCCGGAUUCAGGUGGAAAAUUGUUUUCUGCCGUUGAUGGGAUUGAGGACACCUUGUACUACUUUAGUGAUGUUAUCUCUGCUGGCAUACCUGAUAUCGGGAGGCUGAUAACAGAUCACAUUCUGCAGCAUCUAACUCUUCCACUUCUUCUCCCGUCUUUAUGCUCCGAGGCUGUAAAUGAUAUAUCAGUUGAUCCUGUCACUUCUCUCUACCUGCUUUCAUGCAUCCUGCGGAUAGUUAAAAUCAAAGAUUUGGCAAAUAUGACUGCUGCUACUCUUUUCUGCCCUGUAAAAGCAUUCAUUUCAAGUUCCCUGGUGAAACCUAAUAACAGCUUGGCUCCUGAACUCCUUACAUAUGGAAAUGGGCAUCCAGACAAGGGUGUUACUGAGGAGGCAGAUCAACAGUGUUCAAGCACUGCAGUCAUGAGUGAGGAUGGAAAGUCUCACGUUUGCAGUGAAGAUACUCCGAAAAGUAUCUUCAACAAUUCUCAUAUGACGUUUAGGGAGACUUUACUUCAGUAUAUUUCUGAGGGAGAUGAUGUACAAGCUCAGGGUUCCUUGUUUGUGCUAGCCACUUUGCUGCAGACAAAAGAACUUGAAGAGUCAAUGCUAGAUGCUUUUGGUAUUCUUCCUCAGCGUAAGCAGCACAAAAAACUUUUGCUGCAAUCUUUGGUUGGGGAGGACACUGGUGAAGAACAACUGUUUUCACCGCGAAAUGGUUCAAUGAGAGAUGGCUUAAGUAGUGAACUUGAUUGGUAUCUACGGAGGUUGGAGGAGCAGUUUGGAGUGUGCUGUUCAUUGCCUGGGGCUGCAAGGUGCCCCCGUGUACAUAGACAUCAGGUGGUGGAUACAUUGGUCACUCUUCUCUGCCGAGAAAACAUAUCUGCAGAAACAUUAUGGGAUGGAGGAUGGCUUUUACGCCAAUUGCUUCCUUAUAGCGAGGCAGAAUUUAAUCGCAAACAUCUCAAGAUGCUGAAUGUUUCGUAUGAGAAAUGCAAAAGUGCCCUUACCCGAGAAAUUAAAGGUACCUGGCCUGAUCUACUUAUCACAGUACUGCUUGAUGAGUGGAGAAAGUGCAAAAGAGUAAUCGAAGCUCCAUCACCUCAAAAAGAGCCUAAAUCUGUUCUUCUCCAGCUGGAUAGAUCCUCUUCUAAUGAUGCUGUUAGCGAAUCAUCAUUCACAGCUGGUGAAAGAAUGUGCGAGGUGGUAAAGGUUUUCGUGCUUCUUCAUCAACUCCAAAUCUUCUCGCUGGGUAGGCCUUUACCCGAGCAGCCUCCGAUUCACCCUCCAGCCAACCGAUCUGAAACGUCUCGUGCCACAAUUGCUGGGUUGGAUGUUUCAGUCCCAAAACCUGGCACCGAACUGAAGCUAGUUGAUGCUGUACCCUGUAGGAUUGCCUUUGAAAGAGGUAAGGAACGCGAUUUCUCGUUUCUAGCAUUAUCAUCUGGUGAGUCUGGGUGGAUUGUCCUUGCUGAUCCAGAUAAUGGAAUCGUCCGUGUAACCGCACCUUUAGCCGGCUGCAAACCCCGGAUAGAUGAAAAGCACCCGAGAUGGCUACACUUGAGAAUUCGACCAUCUACACUACCAUUGUUGGAUCCAACAAAGCGAGGAGUCUAUGAGAAGCUCAAGUCCAAAGGUUUAGUAGAUGGGAGAUGGAUAUUAGCAUUCAGAGACGAUGAAUCUUGCCUCUCUGCUUACUCAAUGGUUGCAGGUGAGAUCGAUCAACAAUGCAGCGAGGUAGAAAGAAGGUUAAGGCCAUUGUUUGACCUAGAAAGAAACCAACAAGAAGACCAAUGAAACAUCACACUUCCGAUGCAUUGCCUUCAUCGACUUUGUCUUCAUCGGGUUUAGAUCUCUCAUUCAAAAGUUUGGUAUUGAUCUUCCCCAUCUUGAAUAUAAGAAACUCCAGGCAAUUUAGAUGCACUCUUAGGAGCAGCUUCCAUGAUUCUUUCAACGUACCCAGUUUUCAGGUGCCUUGUUUCGCAAGUUUCGUGUCCAUCAUUUUUUGUUUGUUUGUUUUUGUUUAUUAAUUUUUUUUUUUUUUUUGUAAUAGUGGUCUUAAUGUAACAUCAUUGUAUAAAAUACCAUUUGCUUCAUCUACAUAUCCUCUAACGACCAUACCUAUGUAUCAACUAUCAAGACAUUGUAGUUUGCAACAUAAGGAGAUUCUCUCAUUUCCAUCAAUGAGCUCCUAAAGAAACAAGGUUUUUUUUUUU